UACUGCCCUCCCGCCCACUGCUCCCAAAUCCAACUCAGCCCACAACAACACAAGCGCCACCAACUUUUUCAACCUCCUCCUCCUGUUUUCUUGAUUCUUUGCCCACACCAAACGCGCAGCCCACUUCUUCUCUUCACGGUUUUUUCUUGCUUUUUAUAUUCAUAGUUUUGUUUAUUAUUGUUGUUGUUUUUCUUGGCUUGAGAAAUGGAGGUGAAGAUGUUGAGAGCGGCCUCUUCCUCCUUGCUCACUCCUAAGGUUUGCGCUUUUAAUCACCGAGCAUGGCGUAUAAACUGUAGCUUUGAGUUAUGCAAUUCAAGACCUCCCAAGAACGGCAUUCUGGCAAUUCAGGCUUCUUCCGCUACAAUUGGAUUGGCACCAAAAACUAGGGUAGAUGAGACUCAGAGCUACACUCUUGAUGGGAUCAGAAACUCCUUGAUACGGCAAGAGGAUAGCAUUAUAUUCAGUCUAGUGGAGAGAGCUCAAUUUUGUUACAAUGAAGAGACUUAUGAUCCCAAUGCUUUUGCGAUGGAUGGCUUCCAUGGGUCUUUGGCUGAGUACAUGGUCAAAGAAACUGAAAAGCUUCAUGGCAAGGUUGGAAGAUACAAGAGUCCUGAUGAGCAUCCUUUCUUCCCGAAUGACUUGCCUGAGCCACUGUUGCCACCUCUGGAGUAUCCACGGGUUCUGCAUCCAGCAGCAGAUUCAAUCAAUAUUAAUGUCCAAGUAUGGGACAUGUACUUCAAAAAUCUCCUCCCUAGAUUGGUUAAAGAAGGUGAUGAUGGUAACUAUGGAUCAGCUGCAACUUGCGACACAAUUUGCUUGCAGACCCUGUCAAAGAGAAUUCACUAUGGUAAAUUUGUAGCUGAAGCAAAAUUCCGUGCGUCCCCCGAUGUCUACAAAGCUGCCAUUAAAGCACAGGAUAGAACCCGACUGAUGGAUUUGCUGACAUACCCAGCAGUAGAAGAGGCAAUCAAACAGAGAGUCGAGAUGAAAACCCGAACAUACGGGCAAGAAGUAACUAUGAACGGAGGGGAAGAUACAACUGACCCCGUCUACAAAAUCAAUCCAAGCCUAGUUGCUGAUCUCUACGGGGACUGGAUCAUGCCACUGACGAAGCAAGUCCAGGUCGCGUAUUUAUUGAGAAGACUUGAUUAAAUUGAAGGAAGAAAGAUGUUGAUAAGAAGAUUUCUGCAAUAUUUAUGUAGAUUACUGUCUCAGUACUCUGCUGUCUAUAUUGAAGUAGAAGCUCGCGAACGUGUUAUAAAAGUCAUAAAUCAGUAUAUAUGAUUGUCAAAGCUAUGAAUGUGUAUUUCUAGGAUUCUACCUCAAGAUAUUCUGGAAAAUUAUGAAUAUGAUUAUCUUUUUUUAAAAAAUUCA